UCGAGACCCAAUAGCUUCGACAUCCAUCAAGAUGAACUCCAUUCGCAACCUUCUCCUGGCAGUGCCAGCGGUUCUCGCUGCGGCCACCGUCGACAAACGCCAGACCGCCGACACCAUUCCAGGCUCGUGGAUUGUCCGUUUGGAAGAGGGUGCUGAGCUCGUCAACGUGCUCGGCAACCUUCGCUCCAACGCCAGCAUUGAGCCAAAGCACGAGUACAACAUUGGCAGCUUCAAGGGCUUUGCUUUCAACGGUGAUGACAGCGAGGUCGACACCAUUGCCAACAUGCCUAACGUGAAGAGCAUCGAGCCCGACACCAAGGUCUACGCUUCGAUCCCAGUCGGCCUCAACGAGCGUGCUUUGACCACCCAGUCCCCAGCCGAGUAUGGCUUGGCCCGUAUCUCGCACAGGGCCCGAACUGGAACUGGCUACGUCUACGACACCACUGCUGGCUCUGGCACCUACGUCUAUGUCAUUGACACUGGUGUUUCCACCUCCCACAGCGAGUUCGGCGGCCGUGCCACUGCUGGCGCCAACUUCGUCUCUGGCGAGUCUGCCACCGAUGCCAACGGACACGGUACUCACUGCGCUGGUACCGUCGCUGGUCGACUUUACGGUGUGGCUAAGCAAGCCAACAUCAUUGGUGUCAAGGUUCUCGGCGCUGAUGGAUCUGGUACCAACUCUGGCGUUCUCGCUGGUAUCGACUGGGCCGUGAGCAACGCCCAGAGCAACAACCGUGUCGCCCGCUCCGUCAUCUCCAUGUCUCUCGGUGGAGUCCGCAGCACCGCAACCAACGACGCCGUCGCCGAGGCCGUCUCCGCCGGAAUCUUCACCGUCGUCGCAGCCGGUAACGACAACGCCAACGCCAACAACUUCUCCCCCGCCUCCGAACCCACCGCUUUCACCGUCGGCGCCACCAGCAGCACUGAUGCCCGCGCCAGCUUCUCCAACUUCGGUACCUCCCUCGACAUCUUCGCUCCUGGUGUCCUGAUCAAGUCUGCCUGGAUCGGCGGUAACAGCGCUACCAACACCAUCUCCGGAACUUCCAUGGCUUGCCCUCACGUCGCUGGUCUUGCUGCUUACCUCAUCUCGCUCGAGGGUACCCGUACCCCUGCUGCUCUCGGUGAGCGUAUCAAGUCUCUCUCCACCAAGAACGUUGUCACUAGCCCUGGCUCCGGCAGUGUUAACCAGCUUGCCUACAACGGCAACGGUGCAUAAAUUUCUUCUUCUUCUGAUGACGCACACCGCGAAUUGGUAGUGGUACCUUUUACUACUACUCAGCAAAAGAAGAACGAUGAUGACGAUGAUGACGAUGAUGAAUACAUUCAGCAUAGCAUAGCAUAGCAUAGCAUAUGAGAGCAUUUCUUGCGAGGGGGAUUGGGUUGCAUGAAGAAAAGAAUUUUAGAAGAAAAAAAAGAGGAGGAAAAAAAGCAGAGUGAAAAUGUUUUGUGGAUUUGCAAGGGCCCUUUUUUUACAUAUUCAAGUAGAGUAGAG